UUUCACCAUGGAUCGUACUUGGGGAAGCCUCCUUUGUAUUGCUGCAGUCUAUUUGCUGAGAAAACGGAGAGCCCGGCGCCGUCGGUCCAUCUGGGUCCACAGUGUGUUGCAAACCCGGCAACUCCACGGUGAAUUUCACCGGCUGGUACAGGAGCUUCGUUUUGACGAUGUCUGGUUCCAGCGCUAUUUCCGACUGGACAAGAGUCAAUUUGAUGAUCUGCUCACCAAGGUUGGUCCACGGAUCUACCGGAUGGACAUCGACUACCGGCAAGCCAUUGGUCCCAGUGAAUGCCUGGCUGUCUGUCUGCGGUAAGCUUCUCUCCCUCUCCCAGCCCCCAGAAGACUGGAGAGCCAUUUCAGCCGACUUCUAUGACCGCUGGAACUUCCCUAACUGUCUGGGAUCCAUCGACGGAAAGCAUGUCGUCAUCCAGGCUCCAAAGAACACUGGCUCACUCUUCUAUAACUACAAGGGGACAUUCUCUAUUGUCCUCUUGGCAGUUGUGGAUGCUCGAUACUGCUUCCGUGUGGUGGAUGUUGGUGGUUUUGGGAGGACCAGCGAUGGAGGGACCCUGGCCAACUCCACCUUUGGCCAGGCACUCACCAGUGGGACUCUCCAGAUCCCAGAAGAUGCCAUCCUUCCAGGAGCUGAUCACUUGGGGCCACAACCCUACGUGUUUGUGGCAGAUGAAGCCUUUCCCCUCCGCAGGGACCUCAUGAGGCCUUUUCCAGGAGCCAACCUCCCUCCAAGGAACAGGGUCUUCAACUACAGGCUGUCCCGAGCGAGGCUGAUUGUGGAGAAUACCUUUGGUAUUCUAUCCUCUCAGUGGCGCAUGUACCGGCGGGUGAUUGGUCUGAGCCCUGAAAAUGUGGAGGCAUGUGUGAAGGCUACCUGUGUCCUGCACAAUUUCCUCAGGAGGAACACCACCACCAGGAGGGAACCAGUGCCUGUGUCAGAGGAGGAGGUGUCAGUGCUGCAGGGCUUGAGAAGAGUGGGGAGCAACAAUGCUGCACGGGAGGCCAUCCGUGUGAGAGAGAUCUACGCUGCCUACUUUUCAGCUGAGGGUGCAGUACCUUGGCAACCCAGGGAAUGAUCGUCAUUUCAUCAUCCACAAAAAGGUUCUUUUAAGAACCAACCACAUUAAACUAAAGGCAUAUUUCCUUUUUCUGUUGGUCAUUUUUUGUUCUUCAUUGUCUGGUUCAGAAAUAAUAUUGUUCACACAAGACACAG